AUGAAGAUGAUCAAGAAAAUCGAGCAACCAGAUGCCAAAUUCGACCUCUACUUCAUGGGCUACGAUUCCCCCAAAGCUGUUUCGCACGGCAAUGACUUCAGCGAUCGUGAGGGCCUUAUCGAAUUGACACACAACUACGGCACCGAGAACGACCCGAAUUAUAAAGUCACCACUGGCAAUGCUGAGCCACACAAGGGUUUCGGACAUACAUGUAUCAGUGUUGAUAAUAUUCAAGCUGCUUGCAAGAGAAUCGAGGAUGCAGGCUACAAAUUCCAGAAGAAGUUGACUGAUGGUCGGAUGAGACACAUUGCUUUUGCCCUUGAUCCUGAUGGAUAUUGGGUUGAGAUUAUCAGUCAAAAUCCAAUCGACAAGACCGAGAAUAUUACAACCACCGAUUUGGCUACUUACAGAAUGAACCAUACCAUGAUUCGAGUCAAGGACCACGAGAAGUCACUCAAGUUCUACCAAGAUGUCUUUGGCAUGACUCUCAUGCGAACCAGCGAGAACAAGGACGCAAAGUUCAACCUCUACUUCCUCGGUUACCCAGGUAGCAAGGGUGUUUCUACAGAGUCUGUUAAUGGUGUCAACCCAACUGCCGAUCGUGAAGGUCUCCUGGAAUUGACAUGGAACUAUGGCACUGAGUCGGAUGCCAAUUUCAAGUAUCACAAUGGCAACGACGAGCCUCAAGGAUUUGGUCACAUCUGCGUCUCAGUUGAUGAUCUCGAUGCUGCAUGCAAGCGAUUCGAAGACCAAGGUGUUAAUUGGAAGAAGAGACUUACUGAUGGUCGCAUGAAGAACGUUGCAUUCGUUUUGGACCCCGACAACUACUGGAUUGAGGUUAUUCAAAAUGAGAAGUUGAAGAAUCGCGCGAACUGGUAG